GCACCUUAAGACGAUGAAAUAAUUUUUCCUUUCGUAUCUCGUCGUUCUGCACAUAAUCGGGGCUGAUUCGAAAAUAAUCUCAAUAAAAUAUAGACAAGGCACGAAAAUCUCUAUCGAAGGUACAAUUUUCAUUUUGUAUCUUUGCUGAUCCUAUUGUCACAAAUGUUAGGCAACAUCGUCAAAAAUAGUCUCUUACUGCGUGGUAAGAGUGUACUGCUUAGAAGAUACAAUGUGCGGCAAAUAUCGUACAAUAGUAAAAGUAGAUGGGACGAGGUAACUUCUAGGAAUCAAAGCACAGCAUUGGAAAAUGAGGAUGACUUGGAUAAGCCUAUAAAAUAUUCUACAUCAAAAGCUUCUACUAUGAGAAUUGAUGAAUAUCGGGAUCCACAUGGAGAUAGUGUACCAUGGUAUCAGGGACUUGCCAUAGCAGGAAGCUUUGCUGUCUUCCUAAUUUAUUUCUGUAUCUUAAGGGAGGAGAACGAUAUUGAUGAUAUGAUAUAUUCUGACUUGAACGAAACGUUAAGCAGAGCGAAGAGGGAAGAAGAACUUAAGAAAAAAAAAUAGAGCAUCUAUUUAUUUGAAAUAGUACUUCUUGGUUUGUUUUGCAAAAUUCUUUGUUAGGUAAUUGUUUUUAUUGUAUAAUGUACAUAUGCUUUCCAUAAGAAUUAUUUAGCAGACGUUUGAUUCAAUGUACAGUAAUAUAUCUAAAUACAUUCUGUACAGAAUAGCAA